CUCACUCUCUCUCAAACGUUAACAUUUUCAAAUCUCUCUCUUUCUCUGUUCAGCGACAUUUUCAAAUCAAUCUUCUUCUUCUUCUUCUCUCUCUCUGCAACUUCGGUUCAACAAUGGGCGUUGAGAACUACCACGUCAUCGAGCUCGUCGGCGAGGGUUCCUUCGGGAAAGUAUACAAGGGAAGACGCAAGCACACGGGACAGACCGUCGCGAUGAAGUUCAUAAUGAAGCACGGGAAGACCGAGAAGGAUAUUCAUAAUUUAAGACAAGAAAUCGAGAUCUUACGAAAGUUAAAGCAUGGAAAUAUUAUUCAAAUGCUCGAUUCCUUUGAAAGCCCGCAAGAAUUUUGUGUUGUUACAGAAUUUGCACAAGGUGAGCUAUUUGAGAUUCUUGAGGAUGAUAAGUGCCUUCCGGAAGAGCAAGUUCAAGCAAUUGCAAAGCAAUUGGUAAAAGCCUUACAUUAUUUGCAUUCCAAUCGGAUCAUCCAUCGUGAUAUGAAGCCCCAAAAUAUUCUAAUUGGUGCUGGAUCUAUUGUCAAGCUUUGUGAUUUUGGGUUUGCGCGUGCAAUGUCCACAAAUACAGUUGUUUUGCGAUCUAUAAAAGGAACUCCGUUGUACAUGGCUCCAGAGCUUGUACGGGAACAACCAUACAACCACACUGUAGAUUUAUGGUCUCUUGGUGUCAUAUUGUAUGAGUUAUUUGUUGGCCAACCACCAUUUUACACAAAUUCUGUAUAUGCUCUCAUCAGACACAUUGUUAAGGAUCCUGUUAAAUAUCCAGAUUGCAUGAGUCCCAAUUUCAAAAGCUUUUUAAAGGGUUUGCUUAACAAGGCACCAGAAAGUCGACUCACAUGGCCGACUCUUCUUGAACAUCCAUUUGUUAAAGAAAGCUCUGAUGAACUUGAGGCCAGGGAAUUGCGAGAGAUAAAUGGUUCACACAUGCACAGUGAUGAAGCACGGGUGGUUGAAGGGAAAACCAUUCAAACUCCGACAACAGAGGAGCAUAUUGCUUCACUGCUUCAGAGUGCUAUUCAGUUAAAUAGUCCUAACUUAGACAGAGCCAAUACUUCAGUGCUUGAUGAGUCCCUAGGAUUUUCAAAUCAAAAUGUAGGAGAGUCAGGUUGCCAAAGAUUGAACAGACUUGAAAAUAACUCUCGCACAGUCAACGGUGCAAAACUAAUUGGCCAAGAUAAUGAAGCAUUGAAACAUAUUCUGCUACCACUGAAAAAAUGGUCAAAAGGAUCUCAAAAUAUUUGCAGUGAUCAAGAUGUUCCUGAAUCAAACCAGUCGUUGAGGAUUCUCUCAAACCUAGUUGCAGCUGGUGCCUUCAGUUCUAGUGGACUAAUAGAUGAACUAAUAAAAGAGCUCCUUGUGUUUACUGAAUCUGUUAUAGCCAUGAAAUCCUCUGAAGUUACUGACAUGAUGGCAAAGGGUUUCUCCAUCACUAAAAUUUUGCUAGAUAAUGGUGGAAGUUUCACUUCAAGCUCUUAUGUAAGUCACUGGGUUGAAUUUGUUGAGAUCUAUUCUCAGGUUGUAACUUCAAAUAAUGAUGCAUCUGGAAGAGUUCUGUAUGAAUCUAGUGCCUGCAUUACAGUCAUGCUAUCUAGAGUUGCUCAGGUGCUUAGAUCAUCUCCUAAAAUUUCAGGCCAAGAGAAACUGAAUGAAACUGCUUACAGAAUUUUAGAGCAUUCAAAAACAACUGGUUUAGUAGACCAUUUGUGUCUGUGUUUAGCCACUUCAGGAUCGAGUCUUAUUACAGGUUCUUCCAAUAUGCUACGGGCUGCUUCUGAAGCAUGCAAAGCUGUCUGGUCUUUGAUUAAUGCACUGGAUAUACUUUUUAUGAAAAAAAGUGCCAUUCUGUUUCCCAUUAAUGCUUUGCGGAGUCAUUCUUUGCAUAGGAUGGAAGUUGUGCAUUAUGAGCAAGAUCUCUUGCAUAAAGCUGAUUCGACUAAAGUUGUUGAUGCAAUGACAAGAGCAUUCCUGAGAUCUAAAACUGUUCUGGUUGCUGUUUACUAUUGUUUUCACCAAGGACUUGAAUCUGCAAUGAAUUGUGGUCUUCAGCUUUUAUCAAGGUGCUGUCUACAUAAUGGAAUUGUUCCUGCUCUCCUUUGUGGUCUUCCCAGUUCCCUUCCCGUGACUACUGUUGUUAGUGGUGGCGGUGAUGGAACUAUUGUUUCAGAAGUUUUCACUGUUUUAUCAUUAUGCAGUUCCUCUGUUAACAAAGACACACAAAGUGUAGAACCAAGUAAUGCCAAGUGCAAAUUAACAAAUCCUUCUGCUCUGGUUCGUCAUUCAUGUCUCCUUGUUGCAGUAAUUGCUCAGUGUUUGAAGUCAUCUGGAAGAAAUUCAGCAAUUUUUAUGCUCACUACCUCACCAAAGAAGCAGUUUGCUCGACUAUCAGUGCUUGCUCACCAAAUUUCUUCUGAUGAUAAAAUAAAAGCCUCUAUUGAGCCUCAAAGUGCAUCAGCCAUGUUGGCUCUGGCAUCCAUUCUAUCCCUCGAAUCUGGGGCUUUGGUUGAGUCUCCAAUAUCUGAAAUUGCUAUGCCUUUAAUUCCUCGAACUUCUACACUAAGUGACCAUCUUAAAUUUUCAUCUAGCAAUGUAAAUGAAUUGGACCCUUGCAACAUCAGUGGGAAGUUCUCAUAUUGGCAAGGGGUAAGAGAUGGGUUUGUUGGUCUUUUAGAUUCCAGACUCAAGUGGGGAGGACCAUUAGCUGUUCAACAGUUGUGUGCAAGUGGCACUCCUCUACUUCUUAUGGGCCUAUUAGGCAAUGAUGUCUUAAAUGCUUCUCAUGGAAAUGACCAUGUAAAUGAUAGAGUUGGAUUGUCUCCUAUUGGUGUUGUAUGGACAAUUUCAUCAUUAUGUCAUUGUCUUUCUGGUGGUGCUUUGACUUAUCGUCAAAUUUUGAUUAGGAAUGAACAUAUUAAGCUCUUUUCCAACUUGAUAUGUGAUGUUCAUAUGAAGUUGGUAAAAUGUUGGAUCGGACCUGGUGGAGGGAGAGCAGGAGUCAGAGAUCUAAUAAAUGGAGUGAUAGAUCUCUUAGCAUUUCCUUUUGUUGCUCUGCAAAAUGCGCCUGGCUUGCCAUCUGCCACUGCUUCUGUCAGCAGUGGGUUUCUUCUUAAUAUUGGCUCUCCUGGUCAGAGAGUAUGCAUGGAAGAUAAGGGUAUAGUUAAGGCAAUUGAAGAAGACAUGGGAAAAUAUAUUAAGAUUCUUGUAGAGGUGGGUGUGCCUGGUAUUAUCCUUCGAUGCCUAGAUCAUAUGGAUUUGAAUGAUUUGGGCAGGCCUGUUGCCUUUAUGGCUAAAAUGGUAUGCCACCGACCUUUAGCAAUCCAACUUGUGAGUAAAGGUCUUCUGGAUCCAAAUAGUAUGAGGAAGUUGUUUGACUGUUCGGCCCCAAAAGAGGUCAAAUUGGAUGCUCUUAUGAUUAUUUCUGAUCUUGCUCGCAUGGACAAGGGAUUCUAUGAGUACAUUAAAGGUGCUUCUAUUUUGGAGUUCUUGAAAGAUUUUCUUUCACACGAGGAUCCCAAUAUGCGUGCUAAAGCUUGCAGUGCUCUUGGAAACAUGUGUCGUCAUAGUGCCUAUUUUUAUAGUUCACUUGCAAGACAUCAAAUUGUUGGUAUCCUUAUUGAAAGAUGUUCUGAUCCAGACAAACGAACACGGAAAUUCGCUUGUUUUGCUAUUGGAAAUGCGGCCUACCACAAUGACUUGUUGUAUGAAGAGCUGAGGAGAUCGAUUCCUCAACUGGCAAAUUUGUUACAAAUGGCAGAGGAAGAUAAGACUAAGGCAAAUGCAGCAGGUGCACUUAGCAAUCUGGUUCGCAACUCUGACAAGCUUUGUGAAGACAUCGUGUGUAAAGGAGCGGUUCAGUCUCUGCUGAAACUAAUUUCCGAUUGUGCGGUAUCAGCGCUAAAUCCAAGUAGAAAUGAUUCAGGAAAUGAAUCUCCUCUAAAGAUAGCUCUCUUUUCCCUAGCAAAGAUGUGUGCACAUCCAUUGUGCAGACAGUUCAUCCGUUCAUCACCAUUGUUCCCUGUGAUUGGAAGGCUUCAGCAGUCUCCAGAAUCAUCCAUUGCCAAAUAUGCUUCUGCGAUCAUUAGCAAAGUUGCUGAACCUUGAACAUUUUAAGAGUACUUCAAAGUUGUGCCACUGUUUUCGUGACUUCCACUGAAGUCAUUAUUCUCUUUCUACAAUGCUUCUUGAAUCGUAAGGACAUUGUAACACUGCAAAUUAGUGAAUUUGUCUAGUCAUGUCUUGUUGUAGCCAUAGCAAAGAAAAAAGUCAUCUUUAGUAUGUGAGAUGAAACGUUUAAUAUGUAAAAUAUGUCCAUGUUAAUAUAUUGUAAUGUUUUUUUCCCUUAAUUGCUUGUCUUCUUUUAGGCUAUUCGCUUAA